AUGGCCACGUCGCUUGAUUAUGACCCCGUGACGUCAGCCAACACGACGGACGAGAUCAGCAGCAAAUUUCCAGGUCGGGGAGCUGAAGUGAGCGACGACGACUGCUCCAUCUCUGUCGAGGUGGACCCGACGCUACCCGACAUCUCUACCAUCCUCAAAGUUCCCGUGAUGUACACGGACCUGCUGGCCAACAUGACGACGGCUCCAACGGAGUGUGUAUCUUCAAAGAUCGGCACAGCCGUCCUGUCUGAAGCCAUUCCGGCUAUCGAAGCUGACCAAGAUGCGUACACUACCACCAUCUCGGAGUCCGAUGUACCACCGUCCAAGACGGGUAUCACAACCGCAGCUUCAGCCACCCCAAUGCCAAUCACCGAUAUUGAAACUUUUUCGGAAGACGAGCUGAACUGUGCCACCGGCUGGACUAACUCGAGCCGCAAAGUACAGGAUAAAAGCGAGACCAAGCGACGCCUGGAAGCUACCACGAACCAGGACAUUGCGAGACUUGAGGCCUAUUUUGGCACAUCGAUGGAAAUGAAGCUGGCCAAUCUGCCGACUGUAGGUGUCUUUACACCGUCUCCGUGGCCUGGUCCGUACUGGCCUAUGUUCCAAGAUAGCAUCAAUGUCGUUUGGAGCCCUGGCCAGCCAAGCGCUGCUGAGAAAUACGCGCAAGCGUUUGGACUGAACGUCCGUGACUUUAUGGACAAAGUCUCGGCCGACAACGGCGUCGACUCUAUGCACCAGCGCCCCAAGUGUUCGUCGGACGACGACUGUUCGUCUCGUUCCGAUGGAAGUGUGUGCGGAAAACGUGCGGGAAAGAGCUCCGGGUACUGCAUCCCGACUUGGUUCGGGAUCUGCCACGCCUGGGCACCAGCUGCUACAAUUGAGGAGGAACCGCGGUGUGCUGUGACACACAAUGGCGUGACCUUCCAGCCGCUGGACAUCAAAGCUUUGAUCACGAACGUCUACGAUGGUGCGUCGGUGCCCGUGGUCUUUACUGGUGCGAGGUACAAUGGCGGUCACGACUCCGAGGACGAGUACGGUCGGCACUCGAAUGACGCCUACCGUGACCUCAAUCCUGCCUUCUUCCACAUUGCUGCUGCCAAUAUCUUGGGUAAACUUAACCGCACGUUCGUCGCUGAUGUCACGGCUGGGACAGAGGUGUGGAACCAGCCCGUGCGUGGGUUCAAAGUGUACGAGCAGACCAAGAUGUCGGUGAGAGAGGCCGCCCGGAUGUUUUACGGCCUCGAGAAGUACCCGUGGAACGCUGCGGCCAAGAGCAUCGUGUACAUUAAGAUGCGUCUUUCCUGGAUCUUCGAGACGUACGACGAUGGCGGUCUAGUGUCCUCUGGUCAGGUCAACAAGUACACUACGGGUGCGUACUACACGUAUCUGCUUGAGCUGAACAACAUCGGGAAGAUCAUUGGUGGCGAGUGGGUCUACGAAUCCGACAGCACCCACCCGGACUUCCUUUGGCUCCCGAAGUCGAAGCCAGCGCUUGACACUGUGACCAGCGUGGGGCUGAAAUACGCUGACGUGAGCAUGCUUCGUGAGAAAUCGGUGGCUUGCUCUGGUUCUGUUUCGGGUUCUGGGUCUGGUGAAUAG